AUGCCAAUGCAACAGCAUCCUUCACAUGUAUGCCUUGCUACUGUCGAUGCACAGCGCAUUGCAAUUAUGAAUGCUAUUUCGCGUUACUUGGCGCCGCCCAUUUUGUCGGAUGAGAACUUCGAGCAAACACUUCGUCAAGUGAUUCUCGUCAUGGUCACCGUUCUUAUACUGCUCCUUGGCAACUCAAUGGCGAAUUACAGCACGUUCAUGGUCGUUGCCGAGUGCUUGAUGUUCCACUCGAUGAUGAGCAUCAUCUUAUAUUUGAACUGGCCAAAUGAUAACAUAUACCUAACCCUAAGACGCUCGGACGUCGGUUUUCCCGUGAAACUCGUCUUGAGCUACUCUUCAACACCCUUACUAGUCGUCGCUCGUAUCUUGUUCAUUACUGCUGUGAAGUUGGCUCCGACAGGUUUAAGCUUCACUAUCACUGUGUUCAUUACUACCGCCCACCUGACGACCCUGUUUGUUCUCCGACCACCUCAAUUACUGAUUAUUGCUGUCUACAAACUCUUGCCCUUUACCAUUGUACCGGUCAUACGGAUCUUGAAGACUGCCAGGGGCCUAUUCUCAUCACUAGCUAGCGGAAGUAUGAAACUUUUGGGAAUUAGUAUAGGAAGGGCCUACGAUGUGUUUCAAUCGACUAACUCUGCAAUUCGAGUCUUGUUGUCUCAUGCAUAUCGAAUCACGAUCUGCGCUGCACAAGUGUCACCAGCCUUUAUCAGAAUCUUCUACAACAAGAGCUUCCGAACCGCGGAAAUGGCUGCGUCUUCAUUUUUACGCAGUCUACUUGCUUGCGCCAGGUGCACAAUGUCUAUUUUGUCUUGGACAAUCUUAGUCGUAGGCUUGACAAUUGGAUCUCUUGGUAAUUAUGCAGUUGGCUUGCUGUUUAUGACCACGAAAUCCGCGAAGUGUCUUGUAGCAUGUUGCGAUGAACUCCUGAAGAGUUCACGUACUUUCAUUGUUAACAGGGCAGACACUCUUCUACUCUUCUCGAUUAAAGUGGCAAUUCGCAUUACAAGGCAGAUCAUCUCCAGCAUACUCUCUUUGUGUGUUAUACUCUGGAGACUUUGGAAUGUGCUAUUCAAACUGCUUACGAAUGGUUCACGCAAGCCGACUAAGCCUGACGCGGGACUCCUUCCACCAGCUCCGCCAGAGGAAUCAGACCGCUUGACCAAGGUGUUUGGCAUAACGUUCGUAUCCGUCCUUUCAGUAUUGCUUGUGUAUCGGAUGUCGCUACAGGUUUUACACCACCGCCUAAAGCAAAUUCGCGCUUCAGACUGUAACGUAAGGUCACAUGUCCACCAUCCUACUGAGACCUCUGAGGAACUUGGUUUACUAACGCGUAUGAGGAUCAACAACGGGCACGAUGAACAGUACAGAGACCACCCCUCUCUUCUGGAGUCUCCGGUGUCCGACUCCCACGACCUUGCCCUCGGCACACCUAGCCUGAUCCCGGACAUGGAAGUCGAAUUUGACAAGAUAUCUAGGGCCGAGGCCCUGCCCUGUGCAAUUGAUCGCAAAGUAACCGGCAUGCAAGAAAAUGACACGCUAAGAGCACAAAGUCUACCCGAAGUACGAUCAGCAGAGUUGACAACCAAAAAUGAAGACGAGUUGCAUACCCCAACGGUCAUUGGCGAUCUAAAUACACGCAACAAGACUAUCCGUGCGUCGAGUAAUUCUAGAAGGGACUUUUGGAUUGCCGCUCACUGUGCAGCUGCUGCCGCUCCGAGAUUCACUACAUGCAAGGGAUUCAAGCAGGUGGCCACUGAUACUCGCAGAAUAUACGGAACCCAGAUUGCAGAAUUCGGAGUUCAGAUUCAUUCAGUCGAGGAGAGAGUAUCGAGGCCUACCAUAGGCAGUGAUGAAGAGUAUAAACAUAACCUUGAUAGCCAUCAGUUCUUUCCAGCACAUGCGCAUUUCCUAGCCCGAGGACUGGAGGUUGCGCGUCUUCAACUAAUGCACGGAGAAGAGGACAUCCGAGAGUCGGCACGUGUUGGGGUUGCCGAACAAGCUCGAAAUACCUAUCUACUGCAACAUAGGGGAGGCGCACGACAUGUCUAUCAAAGGCUCUACGACGGAGACCUCGACCUGAUCAGUUUCCUGGAUCUUGAACCGAACAAAGUGACAGGUUCUCCUGAAUUUCCUUCACCGUUACUUUUGCCACCUUGCUUCGUCCGCGGUGAAUUGGAGGCAGAGCUCGAUGCUUUGGACCUCAUGCAGAAAGCCUCGGAGGAUCACUUCGAUGGGCAGAUGGACCUCUGUGACCGUGAUAUUAGGUCGGCAUCUGGCAUGAUUCCGUCGCCCUCAGACCAUGAGCGGUACACAGUGUCGCUGCCCUGCUCGUUUGAAAUGGAAGAGCAGCGUGUUAACGGCAUGAUUAUUCGCCGAGAGUUGGUACGUGAGGGGAUGAAGGGCCCGGAGUCGAUCGCAUGA